CUGCCAUGGGCACCGCCAACGUCCCAUUCACAAAUCUCUACCCACACCAUGAAGGCAGCUUGCAUCGCGUUGGCAGCGCUGGCGACCGCCGCCCACGCCCUGGACGUCAAGUUGUCGGGUAUCAACUACAACCCGCGCAAAGGCGCGGACUGGGACGCGGAUGACGCUCGUUGUAAGUCUGUCGACGAAGUCCGUGCCGACAUGAAGUUGCUGGCGGCUAUCACGUCCAACAUUCGACUGUACAGCAUGACCGACUGCAAUCAGAUGGAGAUCGUGGUGCCUGCGGCGAAAGAGGCGGGACUGACGGUCUGGGCUGGCAUGUGGAUUGGCAAGGACGGCGCGGGUUUCGAGAGCGAGAAAGCCAAGCUGUCCAGCCUGAUCGAGAAGAAGAUCAUCGAUAGCUCCGUCGUCGGCCUCCAUGUCGGCAGCGAGACCGUGUACCGUCAAGACUUGACUCCCAAGCAGGCCAUCGAGUACAUGCAAGACGUGAAGAAGCUCAUCGUCCAAGCGGGACUCAAGUUCCCAGUCACGAUUGCCGACAUUGGCGAUUCGUACAUGUGGUAUCCUGAAUUGGCGGCUGCGGUCGACAUCAUUUCGAUCAAUCAGUUUCCGUUCUGGGAAGGGCGGCCUGUGGAUGGAGCGAUCCAGUUUAUGGCCGACCGCGUCGCGCCGCUGGUCAAGCUCGCAAAGGAGAACAACAAACAGAUCAUGGUCGGCGAGACGGGAUGGGCGACGGCUGGCAAGGCCAAAGCAGCUGGCGAAGCGUCCCCAGAAAACGCUGCGGCGUGGCUCAACGACUUCCACGUGUUCGCAACGGAGCAGCAGUGGCGAUACUACUACUUUACCUCGUUCGACACGCCGUGGAAGCACAAUGCGGACGACCCAAACUCGGAGGCCGAGGUCGAGAACCACUUUGGUCUCUUCGACUCGACGCGCCAACUCAAGCCGUGCUACGCGAACCUGAACGUGAAGAAGCGCGUCGUGAUCAUCAAGGACGACGGAUCCAAGCCCACGACGACCCCGUUCAAUGCCAAGCCCAAAACGGACACCCUCCUCAAUACGACUACCUCAUCGUCGACCAAACCUGUCGCCACCGCCAAGCCCGGGUCGCCGACCACGACGUCAUCGUCGGCGGCGGGCUCGACUCGCGCCACCAUGACGCCAGCUCCAUCGUCCUCGCCGUCGACUGUUGUGCCAUCCAACUUGGCAGGCACGGCCACUAGCGCCGCAACAGCGUCGACACUAGUUAGCAUGGCUGUCUUGGUUGCCUCGAUGGCGGCGCUUGCCAUGUAGGAACUACGCCAAACGACGCGCAUGUGCCUUUUGUAACACGAAGGGUUAGUUGCAUG